AUGGAGAAUCUAUUCCUUGUGAUUUCUUGCCUUCUGAUUCUUACAAAUCAUCAGCGGCUAUACUAUUCAGCAGCCAUGCAGAAUUUGGAAUACCCAUUUCCGUUUAUGACAUUUGAUGCUCAGAAGGCAGCUUCGAGAACAUAUGAUUACAUUGUCGUUGGAGGAGGGACAGCAGGGUGUCCUCUGGCUGUAACUCUGUCACAGCAUUAUUCUGUUUUGGUAUUGGAAAGGGGCGACUCUCCCUAUGGAAAUCCAGAAGUUGAAGACAAGAAAGGCUUUUUCAAAAUUUUGGGUAACGCCAGUGAGUUCCCUUAUGUCGCUGAGGGAUUUGUCUCAGAAGAUGGAGUGCAGUUGGCAAGAGCAAGAGUUCUGGGAGGUGGAACAGCCAUCAACGGUGGCUUCUACAGCAGGGCAAGCCUUGAAUAUAUUCGGAAGAUGGAGUGGGAUGAAAAGCUUGUAAAUGAGUCCUAUGAAUGGGUGGAGAAGUCGAAUGCGUUUAAACCAAACAAGCUUUUUCAGUGGAGUUCUGCUGUGAAGGAUGCACAAUUGGAAGGUGGAGUGCUUCCUUACAAUGGGUAUACUUUGGAUCAUUUGGAGGGCACCAAGAUUAGUGCUUCAUCUUUUGACAACAAUGGAAGGAGACACACAGCCGCAGAUCUUCUCAAAUAUGCAAAUCCAGAUAAUAUUGUAGUUCUUCUCAAUGCUACAGCCAGUAGAUUACUCUUCAAUUCCUCAUCAGGUACACACUCAUUUACAUUUUCAUGUUCUCCCUGUUCUCAAAGGAGAGGUUUAGACAGCCUGUAUACUGUGCUUAAUAUACUGGCCAGUUAUUUGCAGAGCUUGGGUUUCAAGUAA